AUGACUACGCCGGAGGAGAAGGCAACGGCUUUUAAGAACCAAGGCAAUAAGGCCUUUGCUUCUCACGAUUGGCCGGCUGCCAUCGAAUUCUAUACCAAAGCUAUCGAGCUGAACGACAAGGAGCCUACCUUCUUCACGAAUCGCGCCCAGGCAAAUAUCAAGUCGGAAGCAUACGGCUAUGCUAUUGCGGAUUGUACGAAAGCGAUCGAGCUGAACCCCAAGUUUGUAAAGGCAUACUUCCGCCGAGGUCUCGCGCACACUGCUAUUCUUAGACCCAAGGAUGCCCUUCAAGAUUUUAAGGAGUGCAUACGGCUCGACCCGAACAACAAAGAUGCCAAGUUGAAGUUGGACGAGUGUAAAAAGAUUGUGCGCAAGUUGGACUUCUUUGCUGCUAUUGAAGUUGGGGACGAGCCGUCAGCCGCAGAGGGUCUCGAUAUUGACGCUAUCAAUGUCGAGGCUGACUAUGACGGCGUUAGAUUGGAGGGAGAAAUGACACAAGAGUUCAUUGAUGACAUGACGGAGAGGUUCAAGACCGGAAAGAAGAUCCACAAGAAAUAUGUCUACCAGAUCAUCCUGGCAGUGAAGAAUCUUGUUUAUAACGAACCCACGAUGGUGGAGAUGGAGAUUCCUGAGGGUAUUCAGCUUACAGUCUGCGGUGACACACAUGGCCAGUAUUUCGACUUGAUGGAGCUAUUCCGCCUGAACGGAACGCCGAGCGACAAGCACUACUAUUUGUUCAAUGGUGAUUUCGUAGACCGUGGGUCGUGGUCAACCGAGAUUGCCUUGCUGCUUUAUGCCUACAAGUGGCUGAGGCCCGGGGGCUUUUUCCUGAACCGAGGCAACCACGAGACCGACGACAUGAACCGGGUAUACGGGUUCGAGGGCGAGUGCAAGGCCAAGUACAACGAAAGAAUCUUCAAGCUGUUCUCCGAGAGCUUUUCGGCACUGCCUUUGGCUACAUUGAUCGGCACUAAGUACCUUGUGCUGCAUGGAGGUCUUUUCUCUGAUGACAAGGUCACUUUGGAUGAUAUCCGUAAGCUCGACAGACACGCCCAGCGCCAGCCCGGUCAAUCCGGCCUUAUGAUGGAGAUGUUGUGGACGGAUCCCCAAGACGAGCCUGGUCGCGGCCCAAGCAAGCGUGGCGUCGGCAUGCAAUUCGGACCCGAUGUUACCAAGCAGUUUUGCGAGAACAACGGUCUCGAGGCCGUCAUCCGCAGUCACGAAGUGCGCAUGGACGGUUACGAGGUGCAACAUGACGGACGUUGCAUCACUGUUUUCUCCGCCCCCAAGUACUGCGACUCCACCGAGAACAGGGGAGCGUAUAUCAACAUCGGCCCCGACUACAAGCUGCAAUUUAACCAGUUUGACGCUGUUCCUCACCCAGACAUCAAGCCUAUGGCUUACGCUCAAAGCUCUCUUAUGUCGUCUCUGAUGUAG